UAAGGUAGUUUCUACCACGACACGUCAUCUUCUUCCUUCUUCCAGAAAAUCAGUUUUCAUUCGCUCGCCUUUUCGUCGUUUUUGUAUUAUUUUCAAAAUCAAAUAGCUAAAAUGGAAAAAUGGGAAGGAAGAAAUGCUUUCAUCGCGGGUGCAAAUUCUGGAAUCGGAGCCGGGAUGACCAAACGAUUCUUGGAAGCUGGAAUCAGGGUGUACGCUAUGGAUAAAGAUAUCGAUAAUCUCUUUGAAAUGAAAAAUGACGAAUAUGGCGAAAAUUUGACCAUUCUGCAAGCAAACGUAUUGAAAGAAGAAGAAAUCGAACGUACUAUGAAUUGGUUAUCUGAAAAUGUCAAUGAAAUUCACAUCGUUAUUUAUUCAGUCGGUGUUAUUGGAAGUAAUUCAUUGAUAGAUGGAGAAUUUACCGAAUGGCAGAAUAUGUUGAAUGUAAAUUUGGUCGGCUUAUGUAUUUGCAUAAAGGCCAUUACAAAUUUAAUGCUGAAACAAAACGUUCAAAAUGGACAAAUUGUCAUAAUUAGCAGUUCUUCUGCCAUUGAAACGGUUUUCAUUCAAGAGUUCCAUUUUUAUGGUGCUGUGAAAAGUGGUGUCGCUGCUUUGGCUCAAGGCCUACAACGCGAAUUAAAAGAACGAAAUAGUUCGAUCAAAGUGACGACUCUUUACCCUGGAUUAGUGCGUACGAAGAUUUUCCAAAAUUCAUUAAAUUUAGGAGCUGACGGACCUUUUUCUAAAGUUUUUGUGCAUCUAUCAGUGGACGAUAUCGUAGGAGCAGUAGAUUACGUGCUUUCUACGGAAUCAAAUGUUUCAGUAAAUCACAUUGUCAUCACACCUCGUGGUGUUCUAAAAGAUAAUACAUUAUUCAACAUUCAGCAGCAAUAAACACAAAAGGCUCACGAGAAAACAAUUGAAAAUUAGAAAUUGUAUCUACAAUUUUAAGCACUGUGACAUUUUCAAAAUAUGUAUUAAUGUACGAUUUUUAAAAAUAUUUUCGAAACAUU